AUGGUGUCCAGCAGACCGGCAGACCUCAGGAAUGGUCUCCAGCAGACCGGCAGACCUCAGGAAUGGUCUCCAGCAGACCGGCAGACCUCAGGAAUGGUCUCCAGCAGACCGGCAGACCUCAGGAAUGGUCUCCAGCAGACCGGCAGACCUCGAGAACAGUCUCCAGCAGACCGACAGACCUCAGGAAUGGUCUCCAGCAGACCGGCAGACCUCGAGAACAGUCUCCAGCAGACCGGCAGACCUCAGGAAUGGUCUCCAGCAGACCGGCAGACCUCAAGAACAGUCUCCAGCAGACCGGCAGACCUCAGGAAUGGUCUUCAGCAGACCAACAGACCCCAGGAAUGGUCUCCAGCAGACCAACAGACCCCAGGAAUGGUCUCAAGCAGGCCGGCAGACCUCAGGAAUGGUCUCCAGCAGACCGGCAGACCUCAGGAAUGGUCUCCAACAGACCGGCAGACCUCAGACCCCAGGAAUGGUCUCAAGCAGGCCGGCAGACCUCGAGAACAGUCCCCAGCAGACCGGCAGACAGCAAGCAAGGGCGCCACUGAAAGACUGAAGAAAACUGAAGAAGAAAGUCAUUGGUCUCCACAAGAGGCUCCGCCCACGAGAGCAUUAUGA